AUGGCUGACGAAAAUAUUAACCGGGAAGAUGAGACAUUUGAGGAGGAAGAGGAGAUCGAUGAGUCUGGCUACAAAUCAGUUAAAGAUGCAAUUCUCUUCGCCAUCGAAAUCACAGACUCCAUGCUCACUCCUCGUCCAUCGUCGGAUCCCAAGAAACCCGUGACAGAAUCGCCUGCGACAGCUGCGUUGAAAUGUGCAUACCACUUGAUGCAGCAGCGCAUCAUCUUCAACCCUCGUGACAUGAUAGGAGUUUUGUUGUAUGGGACGCAGGCGUCCAAGUUCUAUGAUGAGGAUGAGAAUAGCCGUGGUGACCUUUCAUACCCGCAUUGCUACCUUUUCACCGAUCUGGACGUACCAUCAGCGCGGGAGGUUAAAGACCUGAGGGCACUCGCAGAAGAUGAGGAGGAGGCUAGAGAGGUACUGGUACCAUCCGAGGAGCGGGUAUCUAUGGCCAAUGUGUUGUUCUGUGCGAACCAGAUAUUUACUUCCAAAGCUCCGAACUUCUUGUCGAGACGAUUGUUCAUCGUGACAGACAAUGACAACCCUCAUGGUGACAACAAGAGCCUGCGCUCUGCUUCAACUGUUCGUGCCAAGGAUCUUUAUGAUCUUGGUGUUACAAUUGAGCUAUUCCCAAUUUCUCGAGCAGACCAUGAGUUUGAUGAUUCCAAAUUCUAUGACGACAUUAUUUAUAAAAACUCACCUGCUGAUGCAGAAGCUCCUGCAUACUUACAAACCGACACAAAGACUUCUACAGCCAGCGGGGAUGGAAUUACUUUAUUAAACACCCUUUUGUCCAGUAUCAAUUCUCGAUCUGUUCCCCGUCGUGCAAUGUUCUCGAAUAUGCCAUUGGAGAUUGGGCCGGAUUUCAAGAUUUCCGUUACAGGGUAUCUUUUGUUUAAACGCCAACAGCCCGCCAGGAGCUCUUACGUAUGGCUCGGGGGCGAGAAGCCUGAGAUUGCAAAGGGUUCCCUUGCUCAGGUUGCGGAAGAUUCAGGACGCGUGUUGGAAAAAUGGGAAAUCAGAAAGGCGUACAAGUUUGGCGGAGACCAAAUUUCCUUCUCUCCUGACGAGCAAAAGGCUUUGAGGAAUUUCGGUGACCCUGUGAUCCGUAUCAUUGGAUUCAAGCCCAUUUCCUCCAUUCCAUUCUGGGCUAAUGUCAAGCAUCCAUCAUUCAUCUAUCCCUCAGAGACAGACUACGUGGGUUCGACAAGGGUAUUCUCCGCCCUACACCAGAAGCUUCUGCGAGACCAAAAGGCAGCACUUGUCUGGUUCAUCCCGCGCAAGAACUCAGCACCUGUGGUCGGAGCAAUGAUAGCAGGCAAAGAGAAACUCGACGAGAACGGCGUCCAGAAAUUUCCUCCGGGGAUGUGGAUCAUACCCCUUCCAUUCGCAGAUGACGUCCGACAAAAUCCCGAAAUAACCCUCCAGGUAGCCCCAGAAUCGUUGAUCGACCAACUGCGGAUGGUCAUCCAGCAACUGCAACUCCCAAAGGCAGUUUACGAACCCCAGAAAUACCCAAACCCAUCGCUCCAAUGGCACUAUCGCAUCCUCCAAGCCCUCGCACUGGACGAAGACCUCCCCGAAAGACCAGAGGACAAGACAAAACCCAAAUAUCGCCAAAUCGACAAGCGUGCCGGCGACUACGUCCUAUCCUGGUCUGAAGAACUCGACGCCCAGUCCGCCAAAAUCGACGCCAAGGGUCCCCAGACUACCCUCGUGAAGCGAGGCGCAAAGGACCAAACCCAGGACGCAGGCCAUCAGACCAAGAAAGUUAAGGUCGAGAAUAACCCCAGUGCAGCCGGAGAUGAAGUCCGGAAACAUUACGAGAAGGGAAAUCUAUCUAAGCUUACGCUCCCAGUCCUGAAAGAAUUCCUCACCUCUCAUGGCCGCUCCACUGCCGGCAAGAAAGCGGACAUCGUUGAGCGAAUUGAGGAGUUUUUGGAGCGAAAAUAA